AUGCGACGCAUUUCCAUUGAUACCCUGGGACUGAUGUCUUCCAAGAGCGGCACGAGGUUUGAGGUCGCAAGGAAAAGGAGUGGGUGGAUGUCAGCGCCUAGACUGCUGACGACAUGUGUCUUCUUCAGUGUCUUGUGGUUGUGGUUCAACAUAGGGACAAGUGAAGCCCUGAUACCAGAGGAUUCGUCCGCCUAUGUACAGGACGAGAGCUUAAGAGACAUACUGAACAUAACUCUAGGAUUUGAGAAGAUUCUCGUCCUCAACCUGCCCUUCCGGACCGAUCGUCGCGAUGCAAUGAGUCUUUCAGCAGCAGUUUCCAACAUCAAGCUCGAGUUCGUCGAAGGCGUAACAGGGGAGAGUAUCAACAACAAGGCAUAUCCUCUACCAGAAGAGAACAGAAAGCUUUCAGCAGGAGACAUCAUCGACCUAACAACAUUCAGAGUAGUCAAUCAAAACCUUACUACGGCCCUCAUCCUAGAAGAUGACGUAGACUGGGACAUCCGCGUCCGCCAAACCCUACAACGCUUCGCCCUCGCCUCCCGCUUCCUAUCCUCAAACCACACGUCCAUCCCCCUCUCCAAACUGCAAGCCCGCCGAAACACCGAAACAACACACACCGCCCUCCAAAUCAUCGACACAACCAACCUCGCCAAAAAGCUCAUCUCCCUCCCUCUAUCAUCCCUCCCACGCCAAUCCCACCUUACCCACACCUCAUCACCACCAUCACCCUACGGCGACCCCACAAAAUGGGACAUACUCUGGCUCGGCCACUGCGGAACCGGCAUGCCACGUGCAGCCCCCGGUCAGCACUCCCAAGUCUACGACCACGCAGUCCACCGCACGAUAACCCUAACGCACACCAACGACGCCACGCCCAUCCUUUCCAAGGCGAACUAG